CGGUCUGAAAAAAGUGACAAAUUAGGUAUUGUCAGCUCUUCGGUGCUAUGGAUCAGUUAUGAUUAAAAUGCUAUAAUGUCGAAGUACAUUAAGUAUGAAAGUCAUUUAAAUAAAGUUGAAAACUUAUACUUUAUUCUAAGUAAUCUUAUUGCAGUAUUUUUUUUUUAGAAGAAAAUGUCCUUCCAGUCAAAAAUUACUUUUGUGAAUUGAUUUUAAAAUUUCAAAUGAACUAAAUAUGCUCAGGCAUGUGUAUUAAUUAUGUAGCAGCUCUAUUAAUUCCUUUGUCAGUUGACACGCUAAUAACAAUAAUGUGUAUCUUCCAAAUAUCAUAAGACCCUGAAGGCAUACAUCAAACGGAUAAGACAGGAAAUUACCAUAAGGCCCCGAAGGGGUACAUCAGAAGGAUAAAACAAACAGGAAAUCAGUCUAUUAAUUAGUGAUAGUCAUUAGGAACUGGUCAAAACUGAUUUUCAUUAAUUAAUUGAUAUACCACAUACUGAUUGGUUUCCAUAGUGAUUUAUGACUUAUGACUGGAAUGAAUGCUUUAAUUUUGUGGUAUGUGGAAGCAGUCAAUUGUGACAUGACUAACAAAUUAACAAAAAAUAUGGAUGCAAGUUAUCGUUCACAGUUUUAAAUAAUUGACAAUUUACUACAAAGCAGAGAUCAGUAUUUUCGUAAAUAGAAGUCAUCCAUUUAUUGAUAGGUCCUGGCUUUUCUUAAAAAGAAGCUAGCAUGCAGUUAUCAUAUAUCAUUUUAUUUCCAUGUGUAACACAGUAGCACUAGAUGUCAUAUUACAUUUAAAACAAUUGUAACAUAUAAAAAAUCCCUUUGUGUUAUAAAUGCAGAUAAAGACCUUAUAUUGUGAUCCUGAUAUGCUUCGAGGGAGAAAAAAAUCCCUUCUCCAGUAUUUAUGCAUAAUGUACUAUUAAGCUUUAAAUUAUGACACCUCUCAUUAAAUCUCACAUGAAUCAGAAUUUAGGUAAGAGGUGUUGAUUUAAUUAAAUUUGGCGUGACUGAAUCACUUUUGACACCACAGUUUAAGCUAUCUGGCUUUCAGAACUAUUUCAAUGGCAGGCUACAAAAUAGAACGAGAAAAGUGAAACAAAUGGAGAAACCUAAUUAGGCGAGCUAGAUUCUCUAUUUUAUUUAUUUUUAAAAGACCUCCGAUUUUUUAAAUUAUGAUUUUCCUCCAGUCCAUCUCAAAUAUGGGACCUUGCAGCUUACACAGAUCAAUGAUGAAUAUCACGUCUGAAACCUAAAAAAGAAAGUUUUCUUUCUCAGGAGUGAUUUCUGGAACAUCAUGCUAAAAUAUAAAUUCACUGAUUUAUUAAUAUUGCCCGAAAUUUUACUUUAAGCAAAGAAAAACAACCAGCACUAGUGAAACAUGAAACGCUUUUCAAUUACAAUUUAGCGUUUGCUGUCACCUCCGCUUGUUGCUACGCAAUGCGAUACGCUGAAGUGCCCGGAUAUCCAACCUGAUCAACUGACUUUUUUUCAAGAGCUUCCAAACAUAGCUAGACCCAUUUCAGAGAACAAAUCCUUACCUCAUUUUAAAGAGUUAUGAUAAAACUGAUAUAAAAUGAAGAGAAAAGUAGGGAUCAUAUAUCUUCUAAGAGAGAUUUCUCUGGUCACAUUUGCUUACUGUAAACUGACAUCAAAAUCACACUGCUGUGACCUUGAAGUACUACUCAUACUACAACUGAGAUUCACUUCACCAAAUACAACCUGCUCUCACAUUUUUCCUACCAAAAUGUCACAAAUACAUCCACAAUGAAAUUUAAACAGAAACUAGCUUUAAUUUAGACCUCUGUUCCAUGCCAAGUUAAAAAUUAGUGUUCAAAUACCUGGCAGCCAUUACGCGACUAGACCAGAUGGCUCCCACGCUGGUACCUUUAAUAUAGUUAGGCCUUGUAUACAAAUCCAUUGUAUAUUCUAUUUUUAGAACUGAUAAGACAAAGAUCAGGUGGGCAGACGCUGAGCUCCAUGAUUUUUUUGUUAACAGUGAUGUUUUUCUAACGGCUUAAACUUUCGUAAAACAUAAAUGAUAACAAUAAUUUUUUGAUCAGUGGAAAGGAUAUAAAACAAGCAAUUUAUUGAUAACUUUUAAUUAUUAUUUCGAAAUAAAAUGGAUUAAUUAUGAACGCUUAACUUACAGUGUUUUUUCUAAAAAUUUGGAGCAACGCUACGCAGCUAUUAAAAUCGUAUCAUUUAAAAUGUUUAUUCGUUUUCAAAAGAUAUUUGAAUAAGAAAAUAUGAAAAUCAUAAGCAUUUCAAAACUUUUUGAAUUUUCAAAAUCCAUAAAUGAACGAAAAAGUUAUUAAAAAUUAAAAAUUCCGAUCCCAUACACAAAUGAUGUAAAAAUAUUUGUUUUGCCCACCACCAGAUAAACAGAUGUUGAUGCGUGACGUCAGGGCAAUCUCUCCUAUUUUAGAAAUUUUCAGAUUUUCGCAGAGGAAUGAUGUUGAAAUUAUCAGUCUGGUACGAUCCGAAAUACAGAGAGAUGAUUGGCACCUAUGGCUAUUAGAUUACCCAUGGAUAAUUUGGUUUCACCGUAGCCUGUCUACAUUGAGAUGAUUCACAAGUUACUGUUAUACAGGCAACCUUUUGGUACGGUUGUGUCUCUGAGGACAUGUUUAUGGAGCUUUAAUACUGGAAGAUCAAUGAGACUUAACCAGAAGUCUUUUUCUUCUGGUGCAAACAUCACCAAUAAACAACAGAUGAACUUGGUAUUGCAGCCAUGGAACCAAGCAUUACUCAGCAUAUCAAACUGUAAAAGAAAUAUGAGUAAUGAUAAAAGUUUUUCUGUACCUAGUUAUUUACCACGCCCAAGAUACAGCCACAGAUUUCUUGAAUUUCAUGAAAGUAUAAAAUGCCGGAAAGAUGAUUUCACAAUGAGCCAUUCAGAAUGGGAAAAUCUUGAGAGUGAAAUUCUGACGGAAGUACCAAGCUUAGCAGUUGGUCUUGAUUAUUCAAUAAUGAAGUCUUUGAGCGCAAUGCCUGAUUUAAGUGUUUCUUUUUUUAAUUACAUCAAGUCGAAAAGGGAACCAAAUAAGUAUGUUCUAAUUGAAUUCUUCUUGAAUUGUGCUGAAAAGUAUGAAGAUAUUGUUCUAGACGAAUUCGAAAAGUUCAUGAAAACAAAUGAUAAGCAUAAAUUAAUAUAUACCUCAGGAAACAGAAUUGCCCAGAGCAUUUCCAAAACAAGAGAAUGGAGGCAGAGUAUUCCACUGCUGGACUUGAAGGUGAAAAAUGAAGGUCAAAUAGCAUUAGGUGCACUUACUGCAUGCACCCAAAUUUUGAAAGCUGCCUUGAAAGAGCAGGACUAUAAAGUAUUCUUUGAAGUAUGGACUAGUUUCCUGCCUUUGAAGUACAGGUGUGAUACGGAACUAUUUUCUCAAGCAUUUUAUGAAAGCUGGGAGGAAGGAGUGAUUCCUGUUGAUGUUUUGUUUGAGUUGCUGAAGUUGGAAGAGUUACCAUUGCAAGAUUAUCAAAUGAGAGAAUUACAGGAGUACUGUAGCAGAAAAUGGACAACCAGUGCAGUUGCAAAAGUUACAAAUGUGGACAGACAAAGCAGGAGAUGUUCUACUUGUAGUGAGAAAAUUCCAGAAUAUGAAGCGAUAGAUGCUUCAGUUUUUGAAAAGCUUUGUGAACAAACUCUUCACAAGCUGUUGAUUGGUGAAAACAUAUACCGAAAUUCAAAUCCACAAGAACUGAAGAGGUUUUAUGAUUUUAUGAGUAAACAGAAGCAGCCGUUUGAUUAUGUCAUCGAUGGAUCUAAUGUCAUAUACAUGCGUCGUACACCUACAACAGAGUAUCUGGAGUUCAUGGUGAAAAAUCUGAACAGUGAUGGAAAACGAGUUCUGGUCAUUAUCAAAGGGAACCAAAGGAAGCUGUUGCAAUCGUUGCAGAAAUGGGCAACUGCAAUCUCUGUCGAUUACAAGUCAUAUGAUGAUUGCUAUAUAAUGCUUGCAGCAUUUUUGUCUGGACGAAAGUGCUUUGUUGUGACCAAUGAUGACUUGAAAGAUCAUGUAGCUCUGCUGGAUGGAACUGUGAAGCCAUACUUCCAUUUAUGGAGAGAGCAACAGAGAAUUUUUCACUUUGAAGAAAAGCUUCUGCAUCCUCCAACAUACAGAUGGAAAGCACACGAAUCGGAAAAAGCCUGGCAUAUACCUUACGAGAAAACAGAUAAAUCUAAGCAACAAAACAUUGGCAAUUUAUUCUCAAAAUUUAAUCUUAGGUCAUUCAUAUGUGUGAGGAAGCUUAACUAUGUGCCAUCACCAGAACUGACAUUGUUUAAAAAGUCAAAAAAUGAAUUGCUUAGAAAGUAGAAAGAAAACAGGCUCUGAUGACAAGUCAAAUACUGAAGUCAAUUGAUACAGGACUGCUAUGACUAUCUAGCAAUUGAUACAGGACUGCUAUGACCAUCUAGCAAUUGAUACAGGACUGCUAUGACCAUCUAGCAAUUGAUACAGGACUGCUAUGACCAUCUAGCAAUUGAUACAGGACUGUG